AUGGGAAGAUUUGGAACAUUGAAGUUUCAUGGAGAUGGGGAAGUGGAUGUAAUUGAUGUAAAUGAUGACGAGGAUAAGCCGGUGGAGGUGGAAACAAUUGGAAUGCUAUAUUGCAGGAUUUGUGAUGAUAAGAAGAAAAUUGAAGAUCCAAUUAAGAAGGGGUUAGAAAAUGAUGAAAAUGAUGAGGAGUUAAAAUGGAUAGGUUUGAAAGGAUGA